AUGAGUUCUCGCACUAUCGCAGUUUUUGGCGGUACAGGCAAGCUUGGUCGCGCUAUCGUCGAAGAGCGUAUCACCCACGGAGGCUAUAAGGUUUUCAUUCUCAGCUGCAAGAUAAGUAUCCUUUCCGCAGCGCUUAUACUAGCUACCGAUUACGACAAUGUCAAUAGUAUCGUCAAGCAACUCGAGACCAACGACGUCGACACCGUCAUCUCCACCUUGGGCUCUACGUUCGGCACAGACUCCGAAAUCGCACUUACCAAAGCAGCGGAGAGCUCUAAAAAGACUACACGAUACAUCCCCAGUAUUUGGAGAAUACCCUGUUCGCCAGAAGCCGUGGCCAUCCCCCCCACGAUGAGCGCGAAGAGCGGCUAUCUCGACAUCCUUGCGAGCACCUCUUUGGAGUACACUGCAGUGUCGAACGGUAUUUUCCUAGACUACUACGGGUUUCCGAAGGUAAAGUCCUAUCUCGGAAAUUUACCCCGUGUGAUCGACAUGGCUGGAAACGCUGCCGCUAUUCCCGGAUCUGGAGAUGUGCCCGUUGUCUUCAGCUAUAGCUUUGACGUGGGGCGUUUUAUCGCUGCAUUGCUAUCAUCUGCCAUGUGGGAGAAAGAAUCGGUCAUCAUCGGCGACAAGAUGACGUGGAAUGAGUUUCUCAUCGUGGCCGAGGAGACAAAGGGUACCAAGUUGGAAUCCAAGCACGACUCGUGGACAACUUUACAAAAGGGUCGCUCAACAGCACUGCCCAGCCAGAGACAACUGUACCCGUAUCUCCCGCAAGAGAAGCUCGAGCGUAUAUGUGCGACAUUUGGUGUACUGUUUGAGAACGGCUUCUUCAACUUCCAAGCAUGA